AUGCUGACUGUCAUGGAUCCUGAACAAGACGGUUUCCUGUCAUUUUUGAACUCCAGUGAAACUGUCACAAAGCUAAGUGUUUCAACCAACACAUCCAGAUGGAUGUCGACAAAUGUUUCCGGAGUUGUGAACAAGGUGACGCGUAUUCUUUUCGAGAACGUAUACGGAUUCAGACGAGUGAAUUGUCAGCGCCCGUUCCAAAAGCUGGAGGGGCGCCUCAGCGAUGCUACCAGGUCUGGGAUGCCAAUUCGCUUGAUAUUCCGACCGCCGCCAACACUGCACCGUCUGCUCACUUCGUCUCGACUGUAUGAAGAACAGUGGGGCCGCAUAAACUGCACAUACUGUCAACCGGAGCGGAAAAUAACCCUUCGAAAGCACUGCUCACGUAGUGGUGUGUACGCAGUGCUCGUAGUUUCAUGUUGGAGAAAGUGGACGCUCCUUCUACAGAAGGCUCGAGGAAUAUCUAAGCCGGGAAACCUUCUUCACAACACCAUUCCUUGCUCAUCG